AUGUUCAGAUGGUACCAAAUGAAGCUGGCCUCGCGCCCAAUCCUCACCCAGAGCGUCACCACAGCUGUGCUGUUCGCGACCGGAGACACAAUGGCACAACAGCUGGUUGAGAAGAAAGGACUGGAGAAGCACGAUCUGGCACGUACCGGACGGAUGGCUUUGUAUGGAGGAGCGAUCUUUGGCCCAGCUGCCACAACCUGGUUCAAGUUCCUCCAGAACAAGAUCGUCCUCCAGAACAAAAACGCCGAGAUCAUUGCCCGCGUCGCCUGCGACCAGACGCUCUUCGCCAGCACCAACCUGUUCUGCUUCCUGAGCAGUAUGGCCAUCAUGGAGGGCACGAGCCCGCAGGACAAGCUGGAGCAGAGCUACUGGACGGCGCUGAGAAGCAAUUGGAUGGUGUGGCCGUUCAUCCAAUGCGUCAACUUCAAAUUGGUGCCGCUGCACCACCGGGUACUGGUUGUCAAUGUCAUCUCGCUCGGUUGGAAUUGCUACCUGAGCUUCUUGAAUAGCCAGGGUGGGAAGUAG